GUCGGGAGGCGGAGAAAGAGGCGGAGAAAGCGGGACCUCGGCGACGCUAGAGGAAAGCCGUGGGAGGGCAGGAGUGGGAAGGACGCGGUCGGGCUCCGGGUCGGGCUCCGCCGGGAGGAGGGGAAGCCGAGGGGGCGGCGGCGGAGCGCGCGGCGGCACAGGUACUUGGAGAAGUACCGGGAGGGGUCCCAGGAGCGCUACCGCAGAAGGUCCGAGCGCAGGACCCCGGGCGCGGGGCGGGAGGGCCAGGACCUGGUCCACUGCAAGUACGAGCUAGAGAGAAAGGCCCACUGGCUGAGGAGCCCCGAGCUCGUGGGGUCCGGGAAGGAGGAGAAGGAGGAGGUCUGCAGAUGGGAGGCUGACCUCAUCCAAGUCCAGGUGUCGGAGCAGCAGUUCCGGACUCCCCGGAUCAGAUUCGGAGUGUGCCCCAGAUCUCACCGCCCGUCUCAGCUGUCCGCCACCCGCUGCAUUUCUGGCAUCAGUGCCAUUAACGAACUGGCCAAGAUGGGCGACCCUGAUCUCCUGGAAAUGGUGGAGGAACAAGGGAAAAGAUCCAGUAGAGAGUUAAACUAUGCUUUCCAAAUGAGUGAGAGCAUGAGCAGUGGAGAGAGCAGCUUUCUCAUUGAUGAAGGACCAACCAAGUUUCAAAAACACAAACAUAGCAAAGAUUCUAUUUUCUUCCGAGACGGAAUUAGGCAGAUCGAUUUUGUGCUUUCCUAUGUUGAUGAUGUAAAGAAAGACGGAGACCUGAAGGCAGAAAGAAGAAAGGAGUUUGAACAGAAUCUCAGAAAAACAGGCCUUGAGUUGGAAAUUGAAGACAAAAGGGACUCUGAAGAUGGAAAAACUUAUUUUGUCAAGAUCCACGCACCUUGGGAGGUCUUAGUAACUUACGCUGAAGUGUUGGGGAUGAAAAUGCCUAUUAGGGAGAGUGACAUUCCCCGCCCUCUGCCGUCUCCCUUAAACUGUAUGCUUGCACCUGUAAAGCUCCCGGAGAAUGUGAAGCAUCCGCGUCCUGAGUAUUUUACCGCCCAGUUCAGCAGACAUCGGCAGGAGCUCUUCCUCAUCGAAGACCAGUCACGCUUCUUUCCUUCCUCAUCAAGAAACAGAAUUGUAUACUAUAUUCUCUCACGAUGUCCUUUUGGCAUAGAAGAUGGGAAGAAAAGGUUUGGGAUUGAACGACUGCUGAAUUCUAAUGCCUAUUCAUCUGCCUACCCACUCCAUGAUGGCCAGUAUUGGAGGCCAUCAGAACCUCCCAACCCUCCCAAUGCAAGGUAUAUACUUCAUCAACAUUGGGCUCGGUUUUCCUAUUUUUAUAAGGAGCAGCCUUUAGACUUGAUUAAGGAUUAUUAUGGAGAAAAAAUUGGUAUCUAUUUUGUCUUCCUGGGAUUUUACACAGAAAUGCUGUUUGUUGCAGCUGUAGUCGGCCUGGCUUGUUUUAUUUAUGGCCUGUUAUCCAUGGAGAGCAGCACAGGCAGCAUUGAAACGUGUGACCCUAAGAUUGGAGGUCAGAUGAUCAUGUGCCCACUAUGUGACCUAGUGUGUGAUUUUUGGAGACUGAAUAGUACAUGUUUGGCUGCAAAGUUUUCCCACUUAUUUGAUAAUGAGUCAACGGUGUUCUUUGCAAUAUUCAUGGGAAUUUGGGUCACAUUAUUUUUGGAGUUUUGGAAACAGCGAGAAGCCAGACUGGAGUACGAAUGGGACAUGGUGGACUUUGAAGAGGAACAGCAGCAGCUGCAGCUGAGGCCCGAGUUUGAAGCGAUGUGUAAGCACAGGAAGAGGAACGUAGUGACAAAGGAGAUGGAGCCUCACAUGCCUCUGUAUGCUCGUGUUCCAUGGUAUCUUCUAUCUGGAGCCACGGUGACAUUUUGGAUGACUCUUGUCGUGGCCAGCAUGGUAUCUGUAAUCGUCUACCGCCUGUCAGUCUUUGCUACGUUUGCUAGCUUCAUGGAAACGGAAGCAUCCUUAAAGCGUGUCAAAAGUUUCCUCACUCCCCAGAUAACCACAGCACUCACAGGCUCGUGUCUGAAUUUUAUCAUCAUCUUGAUCUUGAACUUCUUUUAUGAAAAGAUAUCUGCCUGGAUUACAAAGAUGGAAAUCCCUCGAACUUACCAGGAAUAUGAGAGCAGUCUUACCUUGAAAAUGUUCCUGUUUCAAUUUGUAAAUUACUACUCAUCCUGCUUCUACGUAGCUUUCUUUAAAGGGAAGUUUGUGGGCUAUCCUGGAAAAUACACAUACUUGUUUAAUGUCUGGAGAAGUGAAGAGUGUGACCCUGGAGGCUGUCUAAUAGAACUGACAACUCAGCUGACCAUCAUAAUGAUUGGAAAACAGUUGUUUGGAAACAUUAAAGAAGCCAUUUAUCCCAUGGCUUUGAAUUGGUGGAGACGCCGCAGGGCACGGACCAACUCCGAGAAACUGUACAGUCGAUGGGAGCAGGAUCACGAUCUUGAAACUUUUGGAUCCCUUGGCCUAUUCUACGAAUACUUGGAAACAGUUAUUCAGUUUGGAUUUGUUACAUUAUUUGUGGCCUCUUUUCCUCUGGCUCCUCUUCUUGCUCUUUUAAAUAAUAUUGUAGAGAUUCGAGUGGAUGCCUGGAAACUUACUACCCAGUAUAGGAGACCUGUCGCUGCUAAAGCUCAUAGCAUAGGCGUUUGGCAAGACAUUCUUUAUGGAAUGGCUGUCCUUUCUGUUGCAACGAAUGCUUUCAUUGUUGCGUUCACGUCGGACAUCAUUCCCCGUUUAGUCUACUACUACGCGUACUCAACAAAUGACUCGCAGCCCUUAAGAGGGUACCUCAAUAACAGCCUGUCAGUGUUCCUGAUCGCAGAUUUUCCAAACUACACGGUACCUCCGGAGAAACGAGACUUCACCACUUGCAGGUACAGAGAUUACAGAUACCCUCCUGACCACGAGAAGAAAUAUUUUCAUAACAUGCAGUUUUGGCAUGUCCUUGCUGCCAAGAUGACCUUCAUCAUAAUUAUGGAACACGUUGUGUUUUUAUUUAAGUUUUUGUUGGCCUGGAUGAUACCCGAUGUUCCGAAAGAUGUUGUGGAGAGAAUCAAGCGAGAAAAGUUAAUGACUGUCAAGAUUCUCCAUGACUUUGAGCUCAACAAAUUAAAAGAGAACUUGGGACUUGAUUCUAAUGAUUUUGUCAAGCAAGUUAUGAUUGAGGAAAACAAAGUACAACUUGCUUAACCAACAGUCUAGCCGGCAUAAUGAGCAAAAGGCUGCUUGCCCAUCUCAUGUCAUGGUUUUCCCUGGGCUUAGGCCCAGAGCCCAGAAGCCUUGUGUCAGUUUUACCCUUUUUUUUAAUUUUUUUUUUCUAACUCAAGAGUUUUUAUACACUUUUGUAGAAUCCAAAUUUGUGAUGUUGGAAAAGUAUGACUUGUCUGCUUUAUUGGCCGGGCCUUCCUACACGGUGUUUUCUGAGGUCCUAGAAUGAUCGUUGAAAGUACAUGUGGAAUCAUGGAAUGUCGCAGUUGGUAAUGAAACACUGGAGUGGGCUGUCCCUUCCUUUUCCAGUGCAUCUGCACAUUUUUAUGGUCCUCUGGAGUGUUUUAGGUCUCCUUCCCUUCAAGAAAAUUGUUGGGACAGAAAGAAAGGGAGCAACGAGGCCUACUAAACCACACAUACCUGCCAUUUAAGAAUUUACAAAUAAAAAUGCAAAAUCAGGUGACAUCUGAAAACUCACAGAUUAAGGAAUAGUAGGUAAAUAUCAUAGUGGGGUUUGUUCCUGAUACUGUCCUGAAUAAGUCAAAUGUCCAUCAGAAUCACAAAUAGUCCUUCCAGGUAAAUGCAGAAUUCAUUUUUUUUAAUAAGAAAUCAAACUUUUGGAUUUUAACAAAAGUCUAACAAUUUGGUUUUUAAAAAUAACAUUUUGGUAACAGUAGUUUUAAAACUAUGGGUUGUCUUAUGUAGAAAACAGCAUUUACAAAGAUUAGUUCAGGUAUUCUAGUGAAUGACAGCUAUUAUAGAUUGGUAAGAGUACUUUCUUAAAGAAAUGCAAAACAGUGCAUAUUGAUUAAUUUAUUGAUAUUAAUCUAGAAAAUUGUUGAAUUACUUUUUUGUAAAUCACUUUUUUUCCUGGAAUGCCUAUUUUGCAUCAUGAAGCUUUUACAACACUAGCUAUUUGUGUAAGUUAAAUACAAGUUGUUUGUGAAAUAUAAUCUCUUUGCUUUAAAAAAAACUCUCAAAUCUUUUAGUGAGUUUUCAGCCUUUUCUAUGAAUGCAGCAGCUUAUACAAUGCUCAGUGCCUUGUUCCUACACCUUGGACACAUAAAAAGUUGUAUCGAUAACUUGUUUUGUUGUGAUAUAAUAUCUUAAAUGGAAGCUCAUUUUAGAGAAAAUGUCAGUGUGGCAACAAUAGAGUUUAACACCAAAUGAGAAUCAGCCAAACAAGAGUGAGGUGAUGACCUUGAUAUCUAAGUUAAAAAAUAUUUUUGUUGAAUUCUUAUUCUCAAAUGUAGGCUUGUGGAAUGUGCACAAUGAUUUUUUAUUCUUUUACUUGAAAGAUUAGGGGUGUGUGUGUGUACACAUAAAUACAUACAUACUUACAUAUAUGUGAGAUAUGCAUGCAUGUACAUCGCUGCCACUAGAGUGAAACACACAGUCCGAUGAUACACUGCUAACAUCUCUGGGAUGAAAUUACCAUUCAGUACCAUGAGAAUAGUGUCUUUUGCACACACACACAAAAAGAAACUUGAUCGAAGGAUGUUUUUUGAGUUUCAUUGCCUGAUGCUAAUCACUUUUUAUGGCAUUGCCAGUGUUAACAUAUAUGGAACACAGUAUUAACUACUGAACAAAAUUAAGCAUUGAAAUGGGGGAUUAUUGAUUUUAUAAAACUAUGAGAUGGUAUCUCAGUAUUGGCAGAACCUAUUUGUCAACCACUGGGUAUAUAUAGUGUGAAUGAUUUGGGUAACAAGAAAAGAUCUGUUCAUUGAAAGAUGGUUUUCUGUGUGGAGGAGAGAGAUUUUUUGCUUGAGGGAACCACUCAGGGUUGCGUGGAGUAAACCACAGGGCAGUGCCUUUGGCUUGUCACAUCGUACCCUGUUGCUAUGGUGUACACUGCACACAGGACCCACUGCUUCAUUCCUGGGUACUGCUGGGGACUGAUUAAAAUAAGAGCAUACAAAUUGGUAUUUUGGAUAUCAGCUUUAAUUUUUAUGGCUUAAAAGUAUCUAUAGAGGUCGAUCAUAAUAUGAAUAAAAAUGAAUUUAACUAACAAACUUACCUGCACACUGCAUUUUUAAAACAAACCAACUCAAGUGUUGGGUUUUUGGACUGAAUGGAGAAACUAGCAAGGGGGUUAAAGAUGAGAAAAUAAUUCACACUUCCUAUAGAUGAUGAAUAUUUUCCUUUUAAAAUAUUGACAAAUACUGUAUCUUCACCUUUUAUUGAUCAUUUAUGAAGGUCUUGCUCCUUGUUUCAGAGAUUUUAAAAUGAAAUACAAGUAUCCGCUACUUUUCUGAUUCAGAUCAAUCUUUUGUCUUAUCUAAAUAAACUCAUUGUUUAUUACAGAGUGUGAGGGCUUAAUUAAGAGCAAAUGACUGCCAAUACAUGUUAAUAUCUACCAGCAUGGCAGGUGUUUCUAUAUUUCAAUCAAACUCAUAGUAAGUCUUUAGAUUUUUUAGAAAUGUUGCAGGGGACAUUUGACAUCUUAUAUAAAAUAAAAUUUGAAUGUCAAAGCAAAAAAAAAAAAAGCUUUUUAUUUG